GGGGGGGAGUGAAAGGAGGAGGGGAUGUCCAGAGAUGUGCGUGCGUGCGUGUGUUAGUGUGUGUAUGCUCUACUAUACAUGCAUAGGCGUACGACGCGCCCGCGUUGUGGGUGUGGGUGUGGACGUGUGUAUUGGUGAUAUACCUACAUACCUACAUAUGCCAUGUAUUUCUCGCCGCUCGCGUAAGAGACGAAGAGACAAGGAAGAGGGAAAAAAAGCUUUGAUACCCCGGUCUUCUGCGGGCCAGCAAGCGUGAGCAUCAAGUGACAGGACAGGCGGCCGCCGCGCUGGCUGACGAUCCCGGAGCGAUAGGUUGGGGGGGUAGUCUCCGCCAUCGCAAUUGGGUAGGUAUACUACGAGUGUGUAGGUAUGUUUUCG